CACUUUAAUUCUGCAAUUUUUUAAAAGAGCCACAACUAACUCUAUUUAUUAAAAUUUAUACUGAAGUUUUUAAGUUAUAGAAUUGAAAUACAAAUUAUGAAAUGUGAACCAAACGAAAAUUAUUAAAAAACAAAUAAUUCAAAACAUAUUAAAAUAUCAAUGCAAGCUACUAAAAAGUCGUUGAUAAAAACUUAAUUACGGACAUUAGAAAAAACUUUCUAUCAAUUGGUGCUCGUGGUUUCGAAUCUAUUUGUUUUUACGUUAUUUAUUUAUUGAGGCAUAGCAGCACAUGUAAGGUGUUAGCUAGUAUAUACAAUAUAAGUGCAUAUACAGUUAAACAUUGAUAUAUCGAACCUUGAUAAAACGAAAAACACAAUAUAACAAAAUAAUCCAGCCAUAUAACGAACAAAUUUUGAGCAUGAACAUCUCUGGAAUAUAUUGACGUUCACCAUUUUUGUUGUCGUUGUUGCAACUUCACUCCCACGGUUGUCAAAAUCAGCUGUUCGAUUAAAAGCAAUUGAUUAAUUUACAAACAAAGUGGAUACUAAGAGCUCUCAAACAAAAUAAUAAAAGCUUACUAAUAUGGGCGCACCUGAAUUACCAGGCGAUCCUGGAGAGGAAGAUAUUCACGCGAUACAGUCAAACGUACAUCAUCCUCCAGUGCCUAGCGACGAUAGUGAUAAUGAAAUUAACACUGCGGAUGCUUAUGCUGGCUACCAACCGUUACCCAUGGGUGACGAUGUCAUUGACACAUCAAUGGAUGAUAACAUUUCUAUGGACGAUGAUUCCGAAGAAACAUUACAAAUCGCUGAUGGUGAAAGUGCUUGUGGAAAUGGUGCGCCUACAAAUUUGCCAGCGGUAGAGAGUGCCGAUGCUGAAAUUGAAAGACAGGUGUGGAAUGAACCGCGGCCUAAAGAGCUGCAAUUGGAAUUAGACAAUACAAAAACGACGCAGAUCUUAAAUGUCAUGGCAAAUAUAACACUACCGAAUGCUGUGGUGCCGGAUUGGGCUGCGGGUGUGCCGGAAGAACGUUGGAAAGAGGAACUAUUGCAACGUAUACGUCAACGUGAGGAAUCGAGUGCUGGGAUUACUGAAGAAAGGAGUACCUAAAUAGUAUACAUUUCGGUUAAAGAAUGAGUGACGGUUAAACUGUGUGUAUAUGUUUGUAUGAAAGUUCGAAAAUUUUGAUUUAAGAGUAACAUUCUAAAUAAUUGUACGAGUACUAAAUAUGUAUAGAACAGCAUUUGAUUUAUAGGCUGUAUGUUUUAUUGUAGUACUUUGAAGAAUUACAAUCCGACAAAUUAUUUUCAUGGAAUAAAUUAUAUUACAAACGUUUAUUGAGAUAUUGUUAAAUUAACAUAUAUGGCUUCAGAAAAUAAAGAUCAGGGAAGGUGUAAUACCCUGAAACAGUU